GCCGCAGCUGCACAGAUGACUCGCGUACUUUGUUGUACUUCACACUACUUGAUUCUACUUCAUCCUACUUGAUUCUACUUCGUCCUACUUGAUUGCACGGACCCUGUGUUGUGGAUUUAUUUCAUCAGCAACAACUCUGAAGACCACUUCCCUGCAAACGUCAACAAGGAUGUUUCCUCUGACGGUCACUUUGCGCCACAUCUUUUCCACCUCCUUUGUGCUCUGCAGUGCUGCAGUGAUGGCUGAUGGCGAAUGCCCGCCGGUGUGCUCGUGCGCCGCCUGGUCGGGGGCGUGUCCGCCAGGUGUGAGCCUGGUGAGUGACAGCUGUGGUUGCUGCAGAACGUGCGCCAGGCAGUUCAACGAGGACUGCAGCGCCAGCCAGCCCUGCGACCACAUCAAGGGGCUGCGCUGCCACCUGGGGGCGGGAGGACUCCCUGACAGGGGACUGUGCCGAGCGGAGGCGCACGGUCUGCCCUGCGACUUCGGCGGCCAUGUCUACCAACACGGCGAGAACUUCCAGCCCAGCUGCCGGCACCAGUGCACCUGCAUGGACGCAGUGGUGGGCUGCACGCCCCUCUGCCCCCACCUUCUGCCCCCGCCGGACCGGCGCUGCCCGCGGCCCCGGCUGGCCACGCCCGAGCACGCCUGCUGCGAGGAGUGGCUCUGUGACCAUGACAACCGCAUCGGAGAGGAGGAGGAGCCAGAGCAGCCGCCACGCCCCCCUCUGUCGGACGCUCCUCCUCCCAAUCGCAUCAGUACCUUGCUGCUGGUCCCACCCAAGUUCACAGAUUCAUUCUCCGUGUCUGAGGCGUCGCCGGGGUCCAGAUGUUUCGCACAAACCACCGAGUGGACAGAAUGCUCCGCCUCCUGUGGGAUGGGCCUGUCAAGCCGCGUCACCAAUAACAACCCAGACUGUCAGUUGAUCGGAGAAACCAGGCUGUGUCAGAUACGAGAGUGUGACCCGGAGCUUCCUCUCGCUAUUUGGGGUGCGCCGGGCAAGAAGUGCCAGAGAACUGUUCGGCCGCGGGAGCCGGUCCAGGUGAGCUUCGCCGGAUGCUCCACCCGACGGCGCUACCGCCCUCGCGCCUGCGGGUCCUGCGCGGACGGCCGCUGUUGCACGCCGUCCGCCUCGCGCACCGUGCGGCUGCGCUUCCUCUGCGCCGAUGGCGAGAGCUUCUCCAGGGACAUGAUGUGGAUCCAGCGCUGCAGCUGCAGCCAAAGUUGCCGAGCGCACAGCCGGCCCUCGGGGCCCUCGCUCAGCCUCCACAAUGACAUUCACACCUUCAGGCACUGACUCGUCGGGCCCCAAAGACUGUGCGUCUACCCUCCUUGAAGCCGCCCUUGGCAACAUACCCGCUUGCACUUUAAGUCCCAACCCCCCAUUGAGACUGUUGUACUGAAACCUAUUUUAUUAUUUAUUUGUACAUUUUGCUGCACUUCACAGGCAGAGACCUCUCCCACCAAAAUCCAUCCCUGGAUUUUAUUGACAUUCUGCCUCUCUUUUAGGCCCGGCUAAUAAAUCAUUAUGGAUAAGUUCCAGUUUUAUUGUUGCAGGCGAUAAAAAAAAAAUAUAUAUAUUUUUAUGUUUUUUUUUUCUCCAGCAGGAAUUCACAUGCGUAGCAAAACAUGACUAAUGCUAACGAGAGCGAGACGUUUGCUCCAAAGAAAGGAAAAGUGUUGUCAGUGGUUUGGUUUUGUAGCAACAGACGUGGAACACAUGGCUGCACGCUGCAAAGUUUAUUUCAAAAAGACAGCAACGCAACAAACUUAUUCACUGGGCAAAAAUGCCGCCCUUGAAAAGACAAAAAAAAUAAAAUGAAUGCAAGUUAUUUUUGCUUAUAAUGAGCAAAAAAAAUCUAUCUUAUUGAAAUAAGACUUUAAAUGUAAGCUUUUAAAACUUUAAAGUGAUCUUGAAAUGAACAGUUACAA